UGCAGUGUGCACGUAUCUGGUGUCAGAAAGAUGCAAUUUGUUCACCAUUUUAAGUUAAUUUCCCUUUUUCAUAUUAUAUUAUAUAAUACGAUAUAUCAUAUGAUUUACCCAUUUGCUUAAAGGAUGCUGCUUUAUUAUUUGGGUUACCUAUAAGAAAAAUUAUAGGGUCAUUGAAGCAUUUUGAUUUCUGUUAGUUGAGGGUCUUGAAGUUGGUUGAUCAACUACUGUAUACUGGGGAGAGAGGAGGUAAAUUUGUGUAGACAAAUUACAUUAAGAGAGAGGAAGUUCUUCUCUUUAUGUGCUGAAGUGUUGAGCAAGCACAAGCAAGAUGCCCCUUUUGAUGUUGUUUUCUGGCAUAAGGAAUGCUCUCACAAAGGAUGAACUAGGCCUGGAAAUACUGCACAUUUCCCUCCCUACUACGCUGGCUUUGGCUGCAGAUCCUUUUGCUUCUAUAAUUGAUACUGCAUUCAUUGGUCACAUAGGUCCUGUGGAGCUUGCUGCGGUUGGAGUUUCAAUUGCAAUUUUCAAUCAAGUCUCAAAACUUACAAUAAUUCCACUAGUCAGUGUUACAACUUCUUUGGUUGCUGAGGAAGAUGCUGCUGACAUAGUACAAACUAAACCAUCAGAAAAAGAAAUGCUGAUCAAGGCCUCUUUCGUAAAUGAGGAAGUAAAGUUGGAAUUAGAAGACCAUAUAGAGCAAUCUGAUUCUGAAUGCAGCUCUUCAUCAACAAAUAUUGACAGAGUAGCUAAACUUCACCCUGAGAAAAGCUAUAUUCCUUCAGCUUCAUCAGCAAUAGUUAUUGGGGGUGUGCUUGGGGUACUACAAGCUCUUUUUCUCAUUCUUACAGCUAAACCAAUGUUGAAUUACAUGGGCCUUGAUUCUAAUUCUCCUAUGUUAAAACCAGCACAACAAUACUUGACAUUGAGGUCAUUUGGUGCGCCAGCAGUUAUUAUUUCUAUGGCAAUACAAGGAGUUUUCCGUGGAAUCAAAGAUACAAGAACUCCUUUAUAUGCUACAUUAAUGGGAGAUGUAACAAAUGUCAUUUUAGAUCCAUUACUUAUGUUCAUACUGCGGUUGGGAGUCAGUGGGGCAGCCAUUGCCCACAUUAUCUCCCAGUACGUGAUGUCCGUAAUGCUACUAUGGAGUUUAAUGAAACAAGUUGAUCUUCUGCCUCCAAGUAUUCGAGACUUUCAAUUUGGGAAGAUUCUUAAAAAUGGCUUUCUGCUAUUGGUUAAAGUUACAGCUGUGACUUUUUGUGUGACCUUGUCAGCAUCCCUAGCAGCAAGGCAAGGAUCAACAACAAUGGCUGCAUUUCAGAUAUGCUUACAGAUUUGGAUGGCAACUUCUUUGCUUGCUGAUGGAUUGGCUGUGGCUGGACAAGCUAUUAUUGCAAGUGCAUUUGCAAAAGGGGAUUACAAAAAGGUUGUCACAUCUGCCUCACGUGUGUUGCAGCUUGGCUUGAUUCUUGGGCUGGUGCUUGCAAUCCUUCUUUUUUGUCUUCUACCAUUUGCUUCUAGGUUAUUUACAAAUGACAUCAAUGUUCUCCGUCUUAUCAGCGUUGGCAUUCCAUAUGUUGCUGCCACUCAACCCAUCAAUGCUCUGGCAUUUGUUUUUGAUGGAGUCAACUAUGGAGCUUCUGAUUUCAUAUACUCCGCUUACUCAAUGAUUAUGGUAGCAUUGGUGAGCAUAUUUAGCUUAUAUAUGUUGUCCUCAAGCCUUGGCUUUACUGGUAUCUGGAUUGCGUUGUCGAUUUACAUGAGUCUAAGGAUUUUUGCUGGCUUUUGGAGGAUUGGUACUGGAUCAGGGCCUUGGAGCUUCCUUAAGGAAAACUAUGUUAGAUUUCACUAGUUCCAUGCUAUUAUUCUGAUUCUCAGGUGCACAGCACACGCCACAUUGAAGAGAAUACUCCCAUCAUGGGUUGCUCUUUUAAA